CCAAGAAGCUGAAGAGUAUGUUUCAUUGUCCAAUAAUACUCUGUCUCUAAAACACUGCAGUGGGCUUAAGACAUAGCAAUACAACAGAAUUGCCUCUUUAGCUCAAACAAUCCUUUGUUACUAUAAAUAAUUAAUUAGCAGAUAACUUAUACUAGAACUAUAUUGUCCUCUAAAAUGUAGCAAAAAAAUACAAACUCUAAUUUCGUCCUUUUUCGCACGGUGCCCUUUUACUCACAUGUUACUGUUAUUUAAUGUUAUAAAAUUAAAAACUAUUUUUCUGUAUAUUGAAUGUUGUUAGUUUCUAUUUUCCUGAAUAAACUGAGAUCUAUCUCAGUCUAUAGAAUAUAGACGAUGGCGGAUAAUUAUGCAAGCUAUGAUGAGGAGGAUUUAGUAUCAGAAGAUCCAGAUCAGCGAAAUUGGAAAGGAAUUGGAAUUGCCUUACUUGUCAUAGCCACAGUCUGCUCACUCAUCAUCACUGCCAUUGUACUUCUUACACCAGAGGAUCAAGGACCACGAAUCAGACAUCCACUGAUGGAGUUAGAUGACGUUAUGGACGGAGCUUAUGUGCCCAGAUUAUUCAACGGAACUUGGAUAUCGGAUUAUGAGUUUUUAUUCAGAGAUGCUGAUGGUGCCGCAACGAUAUAUGAUGUUGAAACUAUGAAAAAAACUGUAAUAAUGCCUAAUACAACAUUUAGACAAAUGAAUGUUCAUGAGUAUUCUUUAUCUCCAGACAGAAAAUAUAUUCUUCUGGCGAUAGAUUAUAAAAAAAUGUACAGAUAUUCAUUUUUAGCUAAGUACAGAAUUUUUAACAUAAGCAACGAGCAUGUUGUGCCUCUUCUCCAUGAUGACUCUAACGCCAUGCUUCAAUUCGCACAAUGGGGCCGUGGAGGAAGUCAGCUGGUCUUUGUUAAGGACAGUAACAUGUUCUACAUGCCCCAGUUCAGUUCUCUCACUAAACCAAGACGUCUGACGUCAGAUGGAGAGAAUGACGUCAUACUCAACGGUAUUCCUGAUUGGAUAUAUGAAGAGGAAAUCUUAAGAUCAAACAACGCCAUCUGGUGGUCAGACGAUGGCACAAAAAUUGCUUACGCUUGUUUCAAUGAUUCUGAUGUGGAUUUUAUAAAUUUACCAAAAUACGGAGAUUAUCAUGAUGUCACAAAUUUAUAUCCUCAAUUCCGAAGGUUCAGAUAUCCAAAGGCGGGAAGGAAAAAUCCCACCGUCAGAUUAUGGGUGAUAGAUUUAACGAGAAUGGAUUAUGCCAAAACAGAAAUUGUGCCUCCAGACGAUUAUAAAGGAAAAGAUUUUUACUUCACUUCUCUUCAAUGGGUAACAGAAAAGAGAAUAGCAGUGACAUGGCUGAUGAGAUUUCAGAAUUCUUCGCUAGUCUCUAUCUGUGAUUCAGCCGGAAAUUUUUAUUUCUGUGAUAAAAAUCUUCCAAGAGAAAGUCGUGGUCGCGGCUGGAUCGACAUCCAGGACAAACCAGUGUUUGGAGAGGACAAGCGGUACUAUUUCAUCCGUCUACCUCUGGCAGAUGGAAAGGCUGGGUACUUUAAACAUGUUGCAAUGAUCAACACUAGCGUAAGUAGUGCAGAGGGGAGACUAAGUGGAGAUCUAAGGACAAUGAUUGGGAAGAAAACGUUUCUGACUCAUGGCCAAUUUGACGUCAUUGAGAUUCUUGCUCACAACCGAGAAAAUAACACUGUAUAUUACUUAACAACUUUACCAGAGAGCCCAAGCCAGAGGCAUCUGUUCUCAGUCACUGAUAUGGAGUCUGGUAUGCCAAGAACCGAAGAGUGCCUCACCUGCAAUCUGGAUGAAGAGUGUUCUUAUUUCAAUGCAAUUUUCAGUCCUACUGCAAAUUACUACAUUCUAGAGUGCCUAGGUCCUGGUGUGCCUUGGAUUGAUUUGAGAUCUACACUCAAUCACACGCGGUUGGAUCUCUUGGACAGCAACGACAACGUCAGGUGCAAAAUUGAAAGUACGGCCAUGCCACAGCUCAGAACAUUUAAUGUGCCUAUAGAAGGUGGAUACAAUGCAAACGUACGUCUUUUAUUGCCGCCUGGACUCAGAGAUGAAGAAAUGAUAAAAUAUCCUAUGGUUAUUAACGUAUUUGGAGGUCCAGGGAGCCAAAUGGUCACUGACAAAUUUUAUGUACACUGGGGUAGUUAUCUGGCUAGCCGUAAAAAUUUCGUCUAUUCUUGGAUAGAUGGAAGAGGAAGUGGAAAUCAAGGUGAUAAACGCUUACAUGAAAUUUACAGAAGACUUGGAAGUAUGGAAAUAGAAGAUCAAUUAGCUGUUGCCAGCUACCUUAAGAAUGAAAUUCCUUUUAUUGAUCGGUAUCGGACAGCGAUUUGGGGAUGGUCUUAUGGAGGCUAUAGUACGAUUAUGGCUUUGGCGACAAACAGUCAAGUUUUUAAUUGUGGAAUUGCCGUAGCUCCAGUAACUAGUUGGCUUUAUUACGAUUCAGUCUUUUCUGAAAGGUAUAUGCAAAUGCCAUGGCCAACAGACAAUUACAUAGGAUAUGAAAAAGCUGAUGUAACAAAGAAAGCAGCAAACAUUAAAGAUAAGAAAUUACUCUUAAUACAUGGCACAGCAGAUGAUAAUGUGCAUGCUCAACAAUCAUUGAUGCUUAUGAAAGCAAUCACAGAUGCUGGUGUGAUGUACCAUGCACAAGUUUAUCCUGAUGAGUCUCAUGGGCUAUCAAAUGUUAAAUCCCAUUUAUAUAGAACAAUGGAGAGCUUCCUAGAUAAUUGUUUCGGUAUUCCAGAAGGCGAAGAAAGAUUACCACCACAAACAGAAGAACGGAGAUAGUACAACACUUCCUGGUGAUAAUGUACACUUACAUCUGUUACAAUCACUUCUCUAACAAAUCGUCAUUCAAUGAAGAUGAUUACUAACACACAUUCCUUUUGCUCCCAAUACAUGAGUGAUAUUCUAGCACAACUUGGAUUCAUCUAUAUGACUAUAUGAAUUCAAUUAUCUUCCAGAAUAGAAAAUGCAAGCGUCUUUUAAUUUCCUUUUUUGCCAAAUUCAACCGAAAAUGUAACUGGUGCUCGAAAUAAUAGUGUGGUGGUUCUGGUUCACAAAACUAAGAUGGUUUAUACAUACCGAGAAAUGUAUUUUAGUGUUAUCACGCUUUUAAAUGAAACAAAAUUUUAUAUUUCUUGA